GUUGAUGAACAGGCCGUCAGGUAUUGGUCAGUUUAUAUUUAAAAGCUAACGUUACAUUCCUCCGCGCAGCUUCCAAGUCCGAGAACGCUCAGAGAAAGAAAACAGUGUCGCUUUGUGUUGAAUAAUGGCGGAAAGCGACUGUGGCUCCGCUGACCGAUACGAGUUCGAUGCUCCGUCCCACGUCGUCGACUUGAAGGAGCUGGAGAAUAACGACGGUGAUGAUCAGUGGUUCGAACAACAGGUCGGGGAGCAGAUGGUCGCCUUACUACACCUUUAAGACCUGACUGGCCCUUUAUGAGAAGCAAUUCACCCAACCUGCCCAAAGCCAUCGUGAUUCCUCAAGUCAACACGGAUGUAGACAGUGGUCCUGGCACAUCCACAUCUCCACCUCCAAACCUUGUCACAUCCUGGGGAGCUGAAACUGCGACUCGGGCUAAUGGCCGACCAAAGAGGAGGACGGCGAAUCAACCCCCUGCCCAGCCAAGCAGGAUUUCAAAACGUAAAGUGACAACAACCGGUUCAGCUCCAACACAGUCGGCUGCACCACCAUCAAAGAAAUCCAAACCGCUGUGCAGCUCUGAAGAACAGGAGCUGGAGCGCAUCAGGAACCUCCAGAAGGAAGUGGCUCUGCACCGCAGACAGAACGAGGCCAGCUACAAAGCUGCUCUGGCUGGCAAUCCACCCCCGAAGAAGGUGGCCCUGUCCAUGACUGUGCCUAAAGAAUUCAAUUUCACCACAGACAACCGCAUUAAGGCGACUACUUCAUCCAGUACAGCAGAUAAAGAAGUGGACUUCAUCAGUCAGCUUCGCAAACAUUCCUCCCCAGUAAAGGCCAUGAAAGGUGCCACUAUACCCAAACCCUUCAACCUGUCGAGGGGCAACAAGAGAAAGGUGGAGGGGUCAGGAGCCUAUGUGCCCAUGGCUCAGCAGAUUGAGCAGUACCAAAAACGAACCCCUGACCGCUACCAUCUGCGUAGUCGCCAGAGUCAAGAGAGAGGGCCACAUCCAGUGAAGGGCGACCAGCUGAAGCUCACCCAACCUCAUACCCCACACCUGAUGACCCGCCAGAGGAGCCGGCCCACCACUGUGAAGAGCAGUGCUGAGCUGGAGGCUGAAGAGGUGGACCAACUUCACAAGUUUAAAUUCAAGGCUCUGGAGCUAAACAGGAAACUACUGGAAGGUGCAGAGCAUUUGAAGAAGCCAGCCGUGAAGGAACCCACAGUACCUGAAGGCUUUGAGCUGCAGAUUGAAAAAAGGCUCCAGGAGAGACAGAUUUCCAAGAAGUCUGAGGAAGAAGAGAGGCCACAUACCUUUAAAUCCCAGCCUCUGCCCAAAAGGAUCCUGGAAGGAGUCGUGGGAGUGCCAGAAAAGAAAGUUCGGCAUCCAACUGUUCCAGAGUCUCCAGCUUUUGCUCUGAAGAAGAGGGUUCGUGUGGAUCGCAAGGUCGAGGAAGUAAAACAGCCAUCACCAAUCAAGCCCCCCCCAGUGCCUCACUUUGGCCUCCCCUUCCAGCCGCGGCUCCCAGAGCACCACCAUGUGGAGGUCUGUCCUUUCUCCUUUGACGAGAGGGAGCGAGAGAGGAGGGCAAUGAAAGAAAAGAGGCUGGAGGAGAAGAGGAAUGAAGAGGUCCCUCAGUUCAAGGCCCAGCCGCUGCCAGACUUUGAGUCUGUGCUUCUCCCUGAAAAGAAGAAGCUGGAGGCCACAAAGCCGGAGCCCUUCAGACUUCUCCUGGAUGAACGUGGUUCUGUGAAGAACAGUCGCUGGGAGCAGAUGGUGAAAGAAGAGCAGAAGCAACAGGAGGAAGCAGCAACAUUCAAAGCCAGACCCAACACCGUCACUCAUAAAGAACCUUUCCUGCCCAAAAAGCCAGAGCGAGCUGCAGCAGUCACUCACUCUUCCACAGCUGUGGAGAACUUUGAGCUGUCGACGGAGCGACGCGCCCGGGAGCGCCAGGAGUACGAGCGACUGGUCAGCGAGAAGGAGGCUCUCAGGGAGCUCAUGGAGGAGGAGCAGAGACAAGAGGAGGAACAGCAACAAAAAGAGGAGAUCACCAGGCUGCGGCAAGAACAGGUUCACAAGGCUCAGCCCGUCAAACACUACAAACCUGUUCUGGUUAAGAAGAGUGACGUUCCUCUCACGGUCCCUCACACUCCAAAGUUCUCUGAUCGUUUCCGCCUGUGAUCAAGUGUCUUUUAUUUUUUUUUUUUUUUUCUCUUCAGACUUCAUGGCCUGGUCCAGGCUGCAUCUCAGAUUUAUUUGUAUUUUUCUCUAUUUACCUUUGCACAGCUUGUGAUCUUCAGGCGAGGUUCUACUGUGACUUCCUGAAUCUGGACUUCAGGAAGUCAGGGGCAGAGUGUUGUACAUCAGGGCCUCAAGGCUCUGGACUGAAUUGGUGCCAGCUAUUAUUGGUGUUAUCUAUUUAUGUACAUCAGUAUUUUAACUAUUUGUUUCUGUUGUAAGUUAUUAUUAAAAGGUCUGUGUACAUUUUA